CUCCGCUCAGGGCGAACGGACGCUUCGUCUACAGCGUUUUGCAUAAAACAGAACGGAAAUCCAAAUAAACAAAGAAUUUAGCUAGCAGGCACAUUCAAACGGCAUCGGCCAACGAUACGGCAUGCCAGUACCGUGCUGGGUUUACAUAUUGUGCAGAAUUAAGGUGACACCUUGCCGCAAGGACAUUCACCGACAAGGAUACAUGCUGGGAGCGUAGUGCAGUGUAAUCAAUACAGUGAGGAGUUUUCAGUACAGAGUGUGUGUAAGGCAGGAAAAACAAAUCUUGUUUUUUUCGUAAACACAGGGCAGAGCAGUGCGAUAUUGUGAUCAUGUGCAAGCGCACUGUGUUGAAGUGAAGAUUGGUCCGUUUGAAGCCGUGCAUAUUGAGUGGCAAACGAUAACAAACGGCUCCCGUGUUCGUGAAAAAGCGGUAAACAGCACAACCUGCACUUCAAAGAAAACGUCGGGAAAAUUAUUCGCGGCAGACGCUCCCAGAUUUUCUCUUUUCGUAACCUUUCUCCAAUCGGGAGCACCACAAAUAAAACGAAGUGAACAAGUAAAACAGAAAACCAUCGCCCAACAUGAUAUCGAAUUAUGCGGAGCUGUUUCUCAUCUGUGCCAUCAUUCUGAUGCCAAUAUUCUACGAAACGUCGAGUCGAUUUCGGUACUACUUUAAAUUUGUCGUCUACUACGGUGUCGUCAUACUGAAUUCCUUUAUCCUGAUACCCGUCUUCCUGUUCCGGCCGUGCGAUGUGCGGAAUCUGAUAUUAGCAAGCAAACUAUGCCGGCUAGCAUCGCCAAUCAUCAGCAUGAAAUGGGAAGUGCGUGGUGCGGAGCAUAUGAGUGCCGAUCGGGCAAUGGUGAUGGUGGCGAAUCAUCAAAGCUCGCUCGAUAUUUUAGGUAUGUUUGACUUCUGGCACAUUAUGGACAAAUGUACGGUGAUCGCGAAGCGGGAACUAUUCUUUGCCUGGCCCUUCGGUUUGGCCGCCUGGCUGUCGGGGCUGAUCUUCAUCGAUCGGCGGCAUGCACAGCGCGCUCAAACGGCCAUGAACGAGUCGGCCAAGAUGCUCAUCAAGAAGCGCACCAAGCUGUGGGUGUUUCCCGAAGGUACACGCCGUACAACGAACGAGAUACACCCAUUCAAGAAGGGUGCCUUUCACGUAGCGGUCCGCGCACAGCUACCGAUCCUUCCAAUCGUCUACAGCUCCUACCACACGUUCCUGGACGAUCGGAACAAGGUGAUGAAUCCGGGGCACGUGAUCGUGACCGCGCUGCCACCAAUCGAAACGAAGGGCCUCACGAACGACGACAUACCGGAGCUGAUCGAGCGUACGCGGAACGCGAUGAUUGAAACGUUCAAAGCGACAACGAAGGAGGUUGAAAAUCGGUUCAACUUGAGCGGACACGGGAUGACACCGGCCAAAGGCACAACCACGGUGAUCUCCCGCAUUGCCGCCGCAAUGCCCAGUUCGGUACGGUCCGCCGGUACCACUGCACCCCUGAUUGAACCCGAGACGAGAAAAAUCGGUUCGCUGAUCGGUGGCGAUGCGUCACCGAUUAAGGAACCGACCGCCUACCGGCGCAAGGAUGUACAACGAGAUUAGUUCUUGGCCGUUCUGCUGCACCGGUACGCGUGCCAUGAUUAUAGUAGAACAGUAAGGCACGGACGUGCAGUAGUUUGCUUUAAAUUGUUUUUAGGAUGAAAGCAUUUUUGUUGCCACAAUUGGACGGAAACAACGAGAUACAGGAGCUGCGGUUUUAUCCAUUUCCAAGUGUUUUCCUCUUUCAGCACCGAAUCAGGCUGAUAUUUUAGUAGCAGGUUAAAUAGUUACGGUCUCUCGUAGAGAGUGUUUAGGGUAUUACGGAGCACACAGUCACGGAAACUUUUUUAUUAAUGAACCAAAAAUGUCCCGCAAAUGUAGGAAAGGAAGAGAAUGGAUUGAAAACAAAAAACGCUUACUGCUAGCAAAACCAUGGCAACGCGGGUGUGAAGUGAAUAGUCGAAUUACGAGUGAAA